CCCUUGACUUUGUGUAUGUGUCUUACAACCGCACCCACCCAGCAGCGGUUCUCAUUCACUUCUCCCCCCUGGCUGGCCGAGCACAGAGCUUUGUGUAGGGAGCAGAGAGAAGAUACAUCUCCAACCAUGUCGGUCCAACGCAGGAAAAUCGUGGAGGGAAACACCCAUGUCCUGAAAUCUCCUGUUGGGAUUGUACGGCUUCUAGCAGUCAUCUUCGCCUGUGUUACAUUCAGUUUGGUUGUCCACAGAGGAGGCUAUAGCGGCCGAACUGGCGACAUGUGCAUGUUCUCGUGGUGCUUCUGCUUUGUUGUUACCAUCAUUAUCCUAACUGUUGAGUUUGUAGGGAUACAGAGCCGGAUGCCAGUAUCUUGGAAGAAUUUUCCCAUCACGUUUGCAAUGUUUGCCGUCCUAAUGUGCCUCUCGGCUUCUGUCAUAUAUCCGCUAUUCUUCCUUCAGGAUAGGAGCUACGGCAGUGAAAGACACACUUACCAAGUUGUAGCGACUGUGUUCUCCUGCCUCACCACCUUGGCAUACAUUAUCGAAGUGUCUUUAACCAGAGCUCGACCUGGAGAAGUUACUGGCUACAUGGCUACUGUGCCCGGAAUACUAAAAGUCAUUGAAAGCUACAUUGCUUGCGUCAUCUUCGUCUUCAUUUCAGAACCCAUUCUAUAUGAUGGACAUGAUGCACUGAAAUGGUGCCUGGCUGUGUACUGCAUCUGUUUCAUCCUGUCUGUUAUAGUAAUUAUUCUCUGUGUUGGAGAGUGUACAGGGUGGCUGCCUUGUUCUUUUGAGAAGUUCCUCAAUGCUUAUGCUCUUUUAGCUGUGCUGCUGUACAUCUCUGCUGUGAUCGUCUGGCCCAUUUUCCAGUUUGACUCAAAAUAUGGGGGCAGAACACGUAGGCGAGAUGAAUGCGGGUACGGCUCUGGUAUUCUAUGUGUUUGGGAUAAAAAGGUAGCUGUUGCCGUUUUGUCAGCUUUCAAUCUCAUAAUCUACAUCAUAGAUCUUGUUUAUUCUGCAAGACUUAUCUUCAUCACGGUUUAAAUAAGGAAAUUAUUUGGAUUUCACUUUUCUCCAUAUAUUAAUCAAUAUAAUUGAUUUUAGUGAUAUAAAGUGCCCAUUUCAAACUUGAUAAGUAAAUUAUUUACAUGAAUUACAAUUUCUAAAUCACUCCUUGUCAUUGCACAGUUGUCAUAGCUCAAAUCGGAAAGCUUAUUUAAUAUAGAAUUUCAAUAAUGAUGCCUAUUGAGUAGCAGAUGUUGGACUUGAGUCCGUUUACACCCAGCUACCCCCCGAUCCGCCCCCCAAAAAAUGGAAGGUGAUCCGUUCCCAUCCUGCUGGCUGGAUCGGAUGGCAGUUGGGUGUAAAAGGACAGCCGGUCUGUUUACAUCCAACUGCCUAUAGAGCAGAAUGGGCUGUGUCCGUGUCUGCUCUGCAUAAGCAUGGACAUGGACCUGUCAUCCGACAGCUCAGCACAGAAGUGGAUCAGCGGACAGAUCCCCUGCUGAGCAAAACAAAGUCUUUCCCAUGUGAAAUGAGACUAACAGUGAUUCAAAUAGCAGUACAAAUCUCACGGGGGUACUAAUCCUUCCUCACUCUAUUUUGGCUAUACACACUUUAAAGGUCUUGUUUAAUGCAAAACUUUUAAUAUUUCUAUGGGUAUCCAGAUAAAAACAUACCAUAUUGCUUAAAAAAA